AUGCGGGCAACCAAACGCGUCCUUAGCUUCCCAUUUGGGUGGGUCCGUUGGAGCUGCACUUACCGCUAGAGAACCCGUUGACUAGUUUUCCCGUGCUCGGAUCUCCGAUUAUCGCCGCAUCCUUGCCUCCAUGGCGGAGAUGGGUUCUUCGCUGGCAGUCACGGGCGCCGCCAUGGAUGCCCCGGUGAGUUCUUCGCUGGCCGAGAUGGGCGCCAUGAAUGCUCCAGUGAGUUCUUCCCUUGGGGUCAUGGGCUCUCUUCUCAGGAAGAUAGAUUCGCUGCUGCCUCUGGAUUACCGGCUGCGAGGGCCACUCAAGGACAGAGUCGCGCUCCUCAAAGUAGAUCUGGAAGAAAUCAGCGUCGCCCUUGUGGAGCAGUCAAUGGUAGAUUCCCCCAAUGAAAUGGCAAAAUACUGGAUGAAUGAGGUGCGUGAACUUUGCUAUGACAUCGAGGAUUUCAUCGACGACAUGAUGUUGACGCACGCCGAUGCCAAGAUGAGGUCGGUGCAGAGCUUCAAGGUUGGCCGUGUCAAGAUCUCUUGGCUUCCCAAGACGGUGAGGCAGUGCACGAGGGCCACCAAGAUCGCAGAACUCAGGGACCUGGUGCGGGAGGCGAUUGAACGACAUGGAAGGUAUCUUGAUGGUUGCACCUCGAGUUCUAGAUCUCUGUUCACUGUGUACGGCCAUAUUCCAUUGAUGUAUACAGAGGCUGCAAACUACCUUGUUGGUGUCGACGACGCCAAGACAAAACUUAUCAAGUGGAUCACCAACGAGGAGCAGCAUCCGUUGUCAGAGGCUGCAAACUACCUUGUUGGUGUCAACGAUGCGAAGACAAAGCUUAUCAAGUUGCUCACCGAUGAGAAGGAGCAGAAGCUGAAAAUUGUGGCCAUAACUGGACAUGCAGGGGUUGGCAAGACCACGCUUGCAAAACAGCUGUACCAUGAAGUUGGGCAGCAAUUCGAGUGCCGCGCUUUCGUGCGGGCAUCCCGGAAACCUGACAUGACAAGACUGCUUGAGGGUAUCCUCUCUCAAGUUGAGCAGCAUCGGUGCCCCUCUAAUUCCUACACAGUGCAAAACCUCAUUGACAAUCUCACCAAACAUCUCCAGAAUAAGAGAUAUGUUAUUGUAAUUGAUGAUUUGUGGGAAACAAUAUCUUGGGAUAUUGUUGCCAGUGCUUUCCCGGAAGGUAAUAACUGCAGUAGAAUAAUAACAACCACAGAAAUUGCGGGCGUAGCUCUGGAAUGCUGUGAUUAUCAAUCUGAUAAUAUUCUGAAGAUGAAACCUCUUGGCGGGGAAGACUCUGGGAAUCUGUUACUCAACCUGGUUUUUGGUCCUGAACGUCUGUGCCCUGAACAAUUAAAGGGGGCUUUGGACAUAAUCAUAGCAAAAUGUGCUGGCUUGCCACUAGCAACCAUUUGUGUAUCUGGUCUUUUAACAACCCAACCGGACAACCCGGAGCUAUGGCAGCAUGUGCAGGAAUUUUUAUGUUCCAAUUUGAGUACAAAUUCUACUUUGGAAGAGACACUGCAGGAAAUACUAAAGCUUAGUUACAUUAGUCUUCCUCACUAUUUGAAGACAUGUUUGAUGUACCUGAGUGUGUAUCCAGAGGGCUGCACAAUGUGGAAGUUUGAUUUGGCUAAGCAGUGGAUAGCUGAAGGUUUCAUCUGUGCGAUAGAAGGAACAGACACAGGGGAAGUUGCAGAUAGCUAUUUUGAAGAGCUUGUCAACAGGGGAAUGAUCCAACCUGUGGAUAUCAACUACAAUGGUGAGGUGUUGUCCUGCACACUGCACCACGCUGUACUUGAUCUUAUUACACUUGAGUCCACCGAAGAGAGAUUUAUCACUUCAUUAGAUUACUCACAGACCAUCAGAGGACAUUAUAGCAAGGCUCGUCGGCUAUCGCUUCACUUCAGCAAUCCCAGAUAUGCAAAGAAACCAACUGGUCUAACACUGUCAAAAGUUCGAUCAAUUGGCUUUUUUGGAAUCAUCAAGUGUGUGCCUACAAUUGUGGGAUUUAAGCAUCUCCGAGUUCUAAUCCUGGAGUUUUGGGGUGAUCAACGGGGGAUUAUGAGUUUUGAUCUCACAAGAAUUAGCAGAUUUUUUCAGCUGAGAUAUUUGAAGAUUUCGUGUGAUGCCAGUGUAGAGGUAGAACUACCAAGCCAGAUGCGAAUGCUGCGGUACUUGGAAACACUGAUAAUUGAUGCAGCAGUGUCUGCAGUUCCAUCAGAUAUUAUUCAUCUCCCAGGCUUGUUGCAUCUCUCUCUUGGAGAUAAGACGGAUCUACCUGAUGAGGUUGGUCGCAUCAGAUCUUUGCGUGCCCUACAUUGUUUUGACCUUAGCAGUAACUCUGAAGACAGUGUACUGAGCCUUGGUGAUCUGUUGAACCUGCAAGAUCUUAACCUCACAUACCGUACAGAAGAGUCAGAUGAUCAUCUGAAGAGAAACCUGGCAGCUCUAGCCUCUUCUCUUGGGAAACUUGUGAAUCUCAAAUCUGUCACUCUGGCUCCUAGUGCUUCAGGAACGGCAAUCUACCAUGAUGUAUGGAGCAGCAUGUCCUCUCUUCCUUUCUUCCUUCAGAGACUUGAGUUGUUGCCCCCCAUUUGCAUCUUCUCCAGGCUUCCGCAGUGCCUUGGGCAACUCCGCAAACUCUGUAUUCUGACAGUUGUUGUUAACGAGCUGCUGAUGGAAGAUAUGGAUAUACUGACAGGAUUGUCCGCCCUCACUGUUUUUUCACUCCAUGUCCGGCAACCAACGUUAGAAAGUAUCAUCUUCAAAAAAAGGGCAUUCCUAGGGCUCAAGUGUUUCAAAUACACAUGUGGUGUACUGUUCCUCACCUUUCAGGAAGAAGCAUUUCCCAAUCUUCAGAGGCUCGAGCUAAGUUUCAAUGCUCACAGAGGAGAACAGUAUUAUGAUUAUCUUUCGGGCAUUGGUUACCUGUUAAAUCUCAAGGAAAUUGCUGGAACGAUUGGGGCAGCCACAGAUGCCGAGGAAUCUGACAGGAGGGUUGCAGAGUCUGCUUUCACAGACGCCAUUCGCAAGCAUCCAAGGUUUCCUAGUUACGACCAUGUAAAAAGAGUAGACUGGGUUCAUGAAGAAUACCAGCUUAGAACCCAAGCGAAAGACUCAUCAAGAGAAAAAUAUGAAACACUGGGAAAACAGCAUGGAAGAAAAGAGGGAGACUCGUUACAUGAACAGACUAGAAUUUUACUGAAAGAAACCGGAGAAGAAACAAAGCAAUGCACCAAUAGCUGGAGUUGUUACUUUCCCGCCACUGAAUCAAUUAUCUUCGAUCAAAUGAAGUCAGACAUGGAGCGGAUACUGAAGGAGGCUCAAACCCGAUGGUUACGCUCUACUGAGAUUUGCGAAAUACUUAAGAAUUACAGGAAUUUCCAUAUAGCUCCAGAGCCACCAAAUAUGCCUGCAAGUGGUUCACUUUUCUUGUUUGAUCGGAAGGUAUUGAGAUUGUUUAGGAAGGAUGGUCAUAAUUGGAGGAAGAAAAAGAAUGGAAAGACUGUCAUAGAAGCCCAUGAAAGAUUAAAAUCUGGAGGCAUCGAUGUGCUUCAUUGCUACUAUGCUCAUGGGGAAGAGAAUAUAAACUUCCAGAGGAGGAGCUAUUGGAUGCUGGAGGAGGACUAUAUGCACAUUGCCCUUGUACAUUAUCUCGAAGUCAAGGUUACACCUAAUCCUUCUAUGGUUGCAACGUUGUUAGCUACUUGUUUACCUUAUCCUUAUGUCUGGACAACACUUUAGGUGCUACAUGUAAAUUAUAUUGCUUCGAUGGCAUGAUUGGUCUUCAUAUACUGUUCCUUUUGUGAUACUAAAUUAAGUAAUCACACUUGUAGUUUUAGUUUAAGAUCAUAGUUGCUAUACCGCCUAUAAGGAGCACUGAUUUGAUUGUUACUAGCCCUGGUGGUUGAUGAGUUUGAUUCUUAUGAUAAACCAGGAAUUAGGCAAUUGUACAUAAGAAACUGUUUCAGUGCUGUGAUAUGUUAAGUGAUUGAUCCUUGAUUAGGUAGCCUUGUCAGAAAUUGUUAAUAAUGCUGUUGAUAACAGGAUAAAAAUGUAAAAUAAGUGCAGAACUUCAAGUGAAAUUAACUAAAAGGGUUAAGAAAUUGGACUCCAUGUUUGUUAGAAUAUUGUGCGUUUAUGCUUGCAUAUGUCCCAGUAUCACAUUGUGUGAAAACUAUCUCAUGAUAAACUGGCUAAUCUGAACAUGUUAAACUGAUUUGUCGCCUAUUUUGGAAACUCUCUGUUUACGCUGGUUUUAGAAGUAAAUUUGUCUUGUUUCUUUGCUUACAAUUUUUACUUUGCCUGCUUACUUUUACUAUCCUGGAUUUAAAGUCUGAGUUUUAGUCGUUGUUGCCUCAUUCGCUGUGAACAAAAGCUUUUCCUGCAAUAAGCCGCUUAAAGUUUCAUUUUCUUUGUAUGUGGAUAUGAACAUCAGGCUGGCAAAUCAAGUUCUCGUACUAGGGGGCAUGAUAACAUGCUACAAGGGGCAUACAAAUUCUAGCAGGGAAAAAUAAUAGGAAAUUGGAAUUUUAGGGGGGGAAAUGCUACCCCAUAAUGCUGCAAUGACAUUGUCAGAGUUAAAAGAGCAUAGCCAAUCUUAACAUGUUUGUUUUUCCAGCCUUUUGGUUACCUAGUGUUGUUAAAGUAUGAAUCUAUGGUACUCCCUCCGAUCCUGCGACACUUGUUAUGGAUCGGAGGGAGUAUUAUAUAGCCACUUUGCACAGAUUAAUAUUUGCAACUUUUAUAGUUAUUUUUUCAGGAUGGCGUGUAUUUAUUUUCUUUGAUUAGUCGUAGUAAUAGUGUUUCCUAUUACACUGUUUAAAAGAUGAUUUCUUUGCUGGUUCUUGCCAUCCCAGCAGACUUAUUUUGUAUGUUAUUUUGCACACUGAUUAAUUGCAUCUGCUUGACUUCCAUGCUACUGAUAUUAUACUAUUAUUGUCUUCAUCCUAAA